UGCAUAUGUCGGCCUAUCCCCAUAUCAAACUUAUCACUUAACUCCAACUCUUACAUACUAAAAUAUUUCAUCGGAGCUCCUUGGCUAUGGCGGUGGGGGAUAUCCCAGAGAUGAAGUCGCAACUCCCUCCAGGAGAGGAAGCUAAGGAAGAAAACGACAUUAAUGCGAAUGAUGUUGUUAGUGAGCAAUCGAGAAAAUUUUGGCGUGGAGGUCAAUACAAAUGGUGGGCAGAAAUGGGCGUGUACUCCAUUUUUGUACUGUCUGGCCAGUCUAUUGGCACGCUUCUGGGCCGGCUGUAUUUCGACAAAGGAGGCAAUAGCAAAUGGAUGGCAACGCUGGUCCAAGUGGUUGGCUUCCCAGUUCUUAUCCCUCUCCUCUUCCUCCCAUCAACCAAAACCACCACACCACAAGAUGACACAAUUAGAAGCCCCUCUCCUACGAUUGUUGCUCCUCUUUAUGUUUUCCUGGGUUUAUCCGUCGCCGUAAAUUGCAUGUUAUACACAGUGGGCAUAGAAUACCUUCCGGUGACCACAUAUUCGCUCAUCUGCGCCAGCCAGCUUGGGUUCAAUGCCCUCUUCUCCUUCUUCCUCAACGCCCAGAAAUUCACCCCUUACAUCGUCAACUCCCUCGUCCUCCUCACCCUCUCUUCCACCCUCCUCGUACUCCAACCCGGCGGCGACGGCGGCGACGCCAAGACCUCCCGGAGAAAGUACAUCAUAGGCUUCGUGUCCACCCUAGCCGCGUCCGCGGGCUACGCGUUGCUGCUCUCCCUGACGCAGCUGGCGUUCUCCAGGAUCUUCAAGAAGGCGGAGACUUUCCGGCUGGUUAUCGAGAUGACGAUCUACCAGUCGGCGGUGGCGUCGGCGGCGAUCGUGGCGGGGCUUUUCGCGAGCGGGGAGUGGAGGAGAUUGGGGGCGGAGAUGGAUGGGUUUGAGCUGGGGAAAACCUCGUAUGUGAUGAACUUGACUUGGACGGCGGUGGGGUGGCAAUUCUUCAGCGUUGGGUGCAUUGGGCUCAUAUUUAAGGUCUCAUCUUUGUUCUCCAAUGUGAUUAGCAUUUUGGGGUUGCCUAUUCCGCCUGUUCUGGCAGUGUUUAUUCUCAAUGACAAGAUGAAUGGUGUGAAGGUGAUAUCAAUGGUCUUAGCCAUCUGGGGUUUUGUGUCCUAUAUCUACCAGCACUAUCUUGAUGAUGUGAAAGAAAAGGCCAAGGCUAAGGCUGUUCAGAGAGAACAACAAGUUUCUCAACUUGCUCUGGUUCAUACAGUGUAAAUUGGUGUAGUAGUAGUAGUUGUUGUCCCAUCCAGUUCCAGAAUAUGCACUCUUUUUAGUUUUAUUACUGUUAAGUGUAAGACUCCAUAAUCAGGUUAUAAUAAUUGCAGGUAACUGAAUGCAGUAAAAAUAUAA